AUGUGGAUCAUAAACUGGUUCUACGAUAUCCUCGCCUCUCUGGGUCUUCUCAACAAGCAUGCCAAACUCCUCUUCCUCGGUCUCGAUAAUGCGGGAAAGACAACACUAUUACACAUGUUGAAGAAUGACCGUGUCGCAAUUCUGCAACCAACCUUACAUCCCACUUCCGAAGAACUCGCCAUUGGAAACAACAGAUUCACAACCUUCGACCUGGGUGGUCAUCAACAAGCGCGCCGCCUCUGGCGCGACUACUUCCCCGAGGUAUCGGGCAUCGUCUUCCUCGUCGACGCCAAGGACCACGAACGUCUACCGGAAGCCAAAGCAGAACUCGAUGCCCUACUGGCAAUGGAAGACCUCGCAAAGACGCCGUUCCUGAUUCUGGGAAACAAAAUCGAUCACCCGGAUGCGGUGUCAGAGGAUGAAUUGAGACAUCAGCUAGGCCUGUAUCAGACUACGGGCAAGGGCAAGGUACCACUCGAGGGAAUCAGGCCGAUUGAGGUGUUUAUGUGCAGUGUUGUCAUGAGGCAGGGUUAUGGAGAGGGUAUCAGGUGGUUGGCGCAAUAUGUUUGA